CGAGAUAUCAGGAUUAAGAUAAGAAGAAAUGGGAGUCGCCCACCAAUUGCUCUCUAGGAAUGCACUUCUCAAUGUCGCUCCCAUAAACGCGAUCGCUGCUACCCGGAUACCAGUCCGCGCACAAUCCUUCAAGUUGUUUAAUACUGCCUCAAAGUCGUCGCCUUUCCCUAUUGUUCCACAGUUUCGGAGGGUUGGCGUGGUGAUGGCGUCGUCGGGACCCGUGCAGAAGUCCGAGGAGGAGUGGCGGGCGAUCCUGUCGCCCGAGCAGUUCCGGAUACUUCGUUUGAAGGGAACUGAGUACCCCGGCACGGGUGAAUACGAUAAGUUUUAUGCUGAUGGGAUAUAUAAUUGUGCUGGUUGCGGAACACCCCUCUACAAAUCCACCACCAAGUUUAACUCUGGUUGCGGUUGGCCAGCUUUUUUCGAGGGUCUUCCUGGAGCCAUAAACAGAACGCCGGAUCCCGAUGGAAGGAGAAUUGAAAUCACUUGUGCAGCGUGCGGUGGGCACUUGGGUCAUGUUUUCAAAGGAGAGGGUUUUAGGACACCGACAGAUGAGCGCCACUGUGUCAAUAGCAUCUCACUCAAGUUUGUUCCUGCCUCUGAGAACAACUAACUCCUUUUGUCAUUCAUCUUCUCGGCAUUCAUCAAACCAUUAAAUGUGACUUUGGAAUAUGGAAUUCAUUUGGCUUUGGCAUGUAUGAGUGGAUUUAUGUGCUGUGUUUAUUUAGAAGAGGACCAAAAGAAGGGAAAUACAAUUCCGCAAGUCAAAAAUAAUAAUUUUCUGUUAGAAGCAGCGGAAAGAAAGUUCCAAGUACAGGUUAAUCUUUUGUGAAAAUUAUUUAUCUUCAUGGAUAGUGUGGUAUCAAUUGUUCUGAGUA